AUGAAGAAGCUGCAAAGCGGCGGCGCCACAUCCUUCAACAACGUCUUUACCGAGAACCCCUGGUGGCGCGACCUAGUCGACGACUAUCGCAAUCUCUCCUCCUCCGAGUUGCCAUCAGGAAUGGCAUCAGGAUCUGAAUUCGGCUCUGUGUGCAUCAACCCCGCCCUCUACCUCCCAUGGCUCGUAGGCCAAUGCCGCGCAAACGGAGUGGAAUUCUAUCGGAAAACUGUAUCCCAUAUAUCUGAUCUGCGGUCUCCUUGGAUCGGAAACUUCAAGCCAGACAUCAUCGUCAACGCGACUGGGCUCUCAGCCGGGAAACUAGGAGGUGUAGAGGACAAGACUUGCUACCCGAUUCGGGGCCAGGUCGUGGUAGUGAGAAACUUAGCACCAGCUAUGGUGUUCGUGUCCGGCACGGACGACAGCGAAGACGAGGCUUGCUAUAUGAUGACGCGAGCAGUUGGCGGCGGAACAGUUCUAGGCGGUACCAUGCAAAGCGGGAACUGGGAGAGUCAGCCCGAUCCCAAUAUCACUAGUCGGAUUAUGAAGAGGGCGGUUACUUUGUUGCCUGAGCUGACGGAUGGGAAAGGGCCAGAGCACCUUGAUGUUAUCCGGCAUGGUGUUGGACUGAGGCCGGGGAGAGAGGCUGGCGUUAGGCUUGAGAAGGAGAGAAUUGACGGGGUUUGGGUUGUGCAUAACUAUGGGCAUGCGGGGUGGGGGUAUCAGGGAUCGUUUGGGUGUGCGGAGGAGGUUGUGAGUCUUGUUGGUGAGAUUGGGCUGCAGGCUAAGCUAUGA